AUGGCUACUACUGACGCAGGAGUUUUCAACCUAUCUUCCCUUUUGAAUAACUUGGACGGACCUGGUGAAGACAAUGAGGAAAAGAAGGAUCUUUUCGAAUUUGUCCGAACCUUGAUGCAAAGUCUAGCAACGGACGAUCCUCAAAUCUACAACAAGGCAAAGGUCAUGAUGGACGAAGAAGUGCAAAAGAAUUUCAGCAGUUUUGAAGAGGCAAAGUCAACAUUCUUGGCUCGCAUCAAGGAAAUUGCCGGCGACGAACACUGGAAAAAGGCUUGCGAUGAAUGUGGAGUGGAAGAGAAGUAA